AUGGACGUGCAAAAUCGGACCUCGGUGACUGAAUUUACCCUGACUGCCUUCCCUGCUCUUCGGAAGCUUCAGAUUUCCCUCUUUGUGCUCCUUCUGUUUACUUACACGCUGACCCUCGCGGGAAACAGUGCCAUCAUUUCCCUCAUCUGGGCUGAUCAUCGCCUCCAAACCCCCAUGUACUUCUUCCUCAGUAAUCUGUCGUUUCUGGAUAUUUUAUACACCACUUCAGUGACUCCAAAGCUGUUAGCUUGUCUCCUGCAAGACAGAAAGACCAUCUCCUUUGCAGGCUGCAUCACCCAAACGUACUUCUUUUUCUUCUUGGGGACAGUGGAGUUUAUCCUCUUGGCAGUGAUGUCCUUCGACCGCUACGUGGCCAUCUGUAACCCCCUGCGCUACACCAUCAUCAUGAGCGGCAGAGUCUGCCUCCUGCUGGUUCUGGGCUGCUGGGUGGGGGCCUUCAUGUCCGUGUUGUGCCCAACUAUUGUGGUGUCCAGAUUGCCUUUCUGUCAUAAGGAAAUUCGCCACUUCUUCUGUGACAUUGCCCCUCUGCUACAGAUGGUCUGUAUAGACACUCAUUUCAUAAAGAUGAUAAACUUCCUCUUAUCUUCUCUUGUCCUCCUGACCUCACUGGGGCUCACCACUGUGUCCUACAUCUACAUCAUCUCCACCAUCUUACGCAUCCCCUCCGCUCAAGGACGUCACAAGGCCUUUUCCACCUGUGCUUCUCACAUCACCGUGGUUUCCAUUGCCUACGGGAGCAACAUCUUCAUGUACGUGAGGCCCAGCCAGAGUGGCUCGCUGGAUUUUGACAAGGUCGCAGCCGUCCUCACCACGAUGGUGACCCCUCUCCUGAAUCCCUUCAUUUACAGUUUAAGAAAUGAAAAGGUAAAGGAAGUCUUGAAAGAAGCAAUCCACAAAAUCACGUCCUUAUUGUGCAGAAGAACCUGA